UUAAGCUGAGUUUACAUUGAAGUGAUGUCAUUUAAUUGAUUAAGGUGUAUUUUCACGAUGACUUUGCAUUGGAGUCAAGGUUUUUAGCAAAAUUAUCUAAUUUACUGUAAUUUAAUCAUUUCCUCUAAUUUGGAUUAGGGCGUCAAGUUUUACAACACCGUAAAUUCCACCAGUUUAAUUCGAUUAGUGUGCUAAUCAAGAUGAAAUACUUUUUGGUUUUGCUUCUUUUCGAAGCAAUACAAAGUCAGAAUUUCACGAAAAAGGCGUACUACUUUAAAAUGGAUCAACCUAGAAAUGAGUUUAAAAUACACAACCGCAUACAACUUUUAAACUAUAACGUAAGCGAUGUAAAUCAUAACCGGCCGGCUUACCUCAGAAAAGCCCAAAAAUCAGUAAGUAACACAUCAAACAAAACAGAUAACAUUGAAAUUACUCGUUCUAACUCACAGGAGCCUCAACAGAAAGAGUUAUUUUUAGACCCAGAAUGGGAACAUAACUAUACGUCAUAUAAUAACUCAGAACUUCCAGCAUACUUUCAAAAAUUCUACGAGGCUAGAACAAAUAAAUUGCACAAUACAAAUAGCACCACUACAAGAUUUUUAUUUAACGAAAACGCCAACACAUCAAGCAGUAUAAUAAAAUUCAACUUAGGAAGUUUGAACGAAAAUGAGACGAUACACGAUGCUGAACUAUAUUUUUAUUGGCCCUUGGACAAUACUUCGGAUAUUUACAAGACUUCGGUUGUUUUAAGACUAUAUCAAUUAGAACCACUUGCUAACAAAUCUGAAAAUGAAAUAGAUAAUCCGGACGUUCAUAAAUUGUUCAAUGUGAUUUAUAUAUUGAAAGCCCAAAAAGGCUGGCAGAGUUUUAAGGUGAAGAAAGCCUUCAAUAGUUGGAUGAAAGAGGAACCAAAUUUGGGAUUACUUCUAACAAUUUCGACCUAUGGUGAAAAUAAAUUAUUGUCUAUAUUCAACGACACGAACACGGGGAAGUUCAGAACAUUUGCUAUUAUUCAUAUAGGAAAAAAUGACGCAUUGAAUAUAAACAAACCUGAAAGUCCUCAACAAGAAGUAGCAUCUCUCAUCAAUGUAGAUCACUCACUUUUGAUGCACUACUCCACUAGAUGCCAAAGAAAAGGAUGGUACGUGGAUUUCCGUCGAUUGCACUGGAAUAACUUCAUAAUAUAUCCUGAAGGAUACACAGCUUUUGACUGUUUUGGAAAGUGCACAGUUAACGAUGACGAAAUAGCUAACAAUCAUAUUAAACUGUUGGACUUCUUUAAACAAAGACUGUCGCUUUGUGUACCAAUAACUUAUUUGCCCCUGCCAAUUAUGUACUACGAUACAUUUGGAAAUAUUGUAUUGAAAAAUUAUGAGAACAUGAUUGCAACAAAUUGUGGAUGCAGAUAAAAUGUAUUAUUAUAAUGUAUUCAAUUUUUAAAAUGAUUAAUUGAUGAUGAUUUAUUUCUACAAUUUUCAAUAAAUUAUAUCCACUUUAUGGUA